UGGGCGGGUGCGAACGCGAGCCAAUGGAGGGGCCUGACCAGAACGCCCCCAGUCCCCCAGCUUGCGGGUGCAGGGGGCGUGGCCCCAACCCCUCAGGUUCCCCAAGUGGGGGCCUGGGCCGAGCCGUCGCCUAGCAACGCCCCGCCCCGCCCCCUGGGCGGCCUCGGGCGCCUACCCCCAGCAUGGCCUGGCAAGGCUGGCCUUCAUCGUGGCUGUGGGUCGCCAGCUGCGGGCUGCUGCUCCUGGUCCUCGUCCUGCUCGUGAGCCCCAGCAGCUGCCGAGCGCGGCGGACCCUCCGCAGCCUGUUCAUGGCGCGUAGCCAGCGGCUGCUCUUCCGAAUCGGGUACAGCCUGUACACCCGCACCUGGCUCGGGUACCUCUUCUACCGCCAGCAGCUGCGCAGGGCUCGGAAUCGCUACCCCAAAGGCCACUCCAGAACCCAGCCCCGCCUCUUCAAUGGAGUGAAGGUGCUUCCUAUCCCCGUCCUCUCAGACAACUACAGCUACCUCAUCAUCGACACCCAGGCCCGGCUGGCUGUGGCUGUGGACCCUUCAGACCCUCAGGCCGUACAGGCUUCCAUUGAAAAGGAGGGCGUUAACUUGGUUGCCAUUCUCUGCACCCACAAGCACUGGGACCACAGUGGAGGGAACCGUGACCUCAGCCGGCGGCACCAGGACUGUCGGGUGUAUGGGAGCCCUCAGGACGGCAUCCCCUACCUCACCCAUCCCCUGUGUCAUCAAGAUGUGGUUAGUGUGGGACGGCUUCAGAUCCAGGCUCUGGCCACCCCUGGCCACACACAAGGCCAUCUGGUCUACCUGCUGGAUGGGGAGCCAUAUAAGGGUCCCUCCUGCCUCUUCUCAGGGGACCUGCUCUUCCUCUCUGGCUGUGGACGGACCUUUGAGGGCACCGCAGAGACCAUGCUGAGCUCACUGGACACCGUGCUGGGGCUGGGGGAUGACACUCUGCUGUGGCCUGGCCAUGAGUAUGCGGAGGAGAACCUGGGCUUUGCAGGCGUGGUGGAGCCUGAGAACCUGGCCCGGGAGAGGAAGAUGCAGUGGGUGCAGAGGCAGCGGAUGGAACGCAGGAGCACGUGCCCGUCCACCCUGGGAGAGGAGCGCUCCUAUAACCCGUUCCUGAGGACUCACUGCCUGGUGCUGCAGGAGGCUCUGGGGCCAGGUCCAGGCCCCACGGGAGACGAUGGCUACUCCCGGGCCCAGCUCCUGGAGAAGCUCCGCCAGCUGAAGGACCUACACAAGAGCAAGUGACCCCGCCGCAGCCCAGCCUAGCGCCCCCACCGUGGUGGGGAAGCCACCCAUCAUGGCCCACACCACACCUUCCCUCUCACUGCUUCCACCACCACCUCCAUCAGCCCGUCAAGCAGGCACCACUCCCUGACCCGGGUCGGGGGAGAGGAGGGACAAGGCGAUGAGACCCUGAGACCGAGAGGAAGGGGGCUGACGGAGGGCUUGGAGACUCCGUGGGGUGAGGCUGAGUCAUUGAGGGCAGAGCUAAUCGGGAGCCUCCCCUCCUCACUUCCCCUGUUCCUGUGAUGGCAGCGAGGAUGAGGAGGCCUCGCUCUCACUGUAGCCUCUGAACUCAGGGCAGCAGGAGCCAUGAACAGGUUGAAUCCAUCUUCCCCCUCCUCCCAUCCAGGGCUGGGAAAGAAACUCACUCCCUCAAAGUGUCCUGACGUGUGGUGCCUUGGAAAAGUGGUCACUCAGAGGGGCACCUGGGCUCUGGAUUACUGAGAGCCUGCCCCUCCUCCCCCAGCUUCCCUGCUCCGCCUCCACCCGGCCCCCAUGAAGGCAUUUUUCAAACAGAGCCAUUUCUGAGAAAGAGGAAAGGGCUGGAAGCCUGGCUGUGGUCAAUCUCUGCCUCGGUGACUCCCCUACUGCCUGGAAGGCGGAGGAUCCUGGUUGCCAAGGAAACUUGACCUCAGGCUGAGGAGACACCAGGAGGCUGGGAUUGCAGCCCCACAGUCUUGUAGGUCACACAUGCUCCCUGCACAGCUGGCCUGGUCCUGCCCGCUGGCCUCUGCCCCUGCCCUGGGCCAACAGGGCCCCUCCUCCCCAGGGGACCAGAGAGCCAUCGUCCACCAGGACCACUGUGGUUUUCUCAUUAUGGCCCGUAUUCUUAGGAACUCCUGCUUUAUCCUCAACCCUUUCCUCUUUUAGUUAGUAAAGCCAUUCAUCUGGCCCUUUGCAGUUGGCCAAAGACAUUCCCAGGUCAUUUCUCAUUUGGCCUUUGGCCCCAUCAUGGUGGGAGCAGGGGAUCAGCACAGCAGAGAGCGGAAAUCAGAAGUCCGGGAGCGGACAGCUCUCAAAUGAGUGGCAGCUUCCAGGACCCCAAGCCUGGGCCCUUCCCCUCUGUUCAGCCCUCCCUCAGCUCAGCUCCUCCUCUGGCCUUGGGUCCAGUCCCUUUGGGACUGCAGUGAGGACUCCGAUGGUCCUCAAGCAGGCGUGACUUGGGUCAGCCAGGAGCCUUCUCUUCGUGGGUGGAAGCCUUCCUUCCCUCGGGCUCUGCUCUCCUCUGGGGCGCCUCCGAGAUGUCUCCUGCUCUCAGUUUCUCCUCAUCAUCCUGCCUCUGCCUUCCUCUCCAGCCACAGCCUCUGGAACCAACUUCAGCAAUACCGCCAGAAUAGAGCUCCCCCCACUCAAGACAUGCAGUUCAUGCCUCUGUGCCUUCGCUCAUGCUGUUUCUUCAUAAUGGAAUGCCUUUACCCUGCUCCUCCUGCCUUGUCUGCCUGGCAAACACCUAUUCGUCUCUCACAAUCCCCCUCAAAGGCCCCCUCCUCCAGGAAGACCACCCCCGUACCCCUCCCCCUCCAGGCUACCUCUCCUCUUUGUAAAUGCUUCGGUUGUGGCACUUAUCCUACUGUAUUUUAGUUGUUUACAUGUUUGUCUCCCCUUCUAGACUGUGAACCCUUCAGGGCAUGGACUGUAUCUUAUGCAUCUCUGUAUUUCUGCGCCUAGCACGGUGCCUGGCACACAGUAGGCGCUCAAUAAAUGUUGAAUGAAUGAA